GRAAGAUGCACAAAUAAUGACAUGGCUGUGGAAUAGCAUGGAACCAAAAAUUAGCGUGAACUUUAUGUUCCUAGAUACAGCUAAAGAAAUCUGGGAUCAUGUUAAGAAACUGUAUUUUGGGCAAGACAAUACAACUAGGGUGUAUCAGUUGUACCAAGAGUACUUUAAUCUGAAGCAAGGCAGACAAAACUUGGAGGAAUACUAUGCAAGUCUGAGGAAUAUCCGAAAUGAGCUCAAUGUGUAUCAUCCUCUGACACGGGACGUUCAGAUUCAGCAACAACAGCGUGAGCAACUUGAUGUGACAAGGUUUCUGGUGGGUUUGAAGGCUGAAUAUGAACCUGUCCGAGCACAAGUACUUGGGGGGUCUGCUCUUCCCUCACUUGAAGAAGUUUUUGUCCGUCUUAGGAGAACAUCUGUUGAGUCUAUAGAGCAUUCUUCUCUCUCAGGCAGAUCUGGUUUUAUGGUGACUAGAGGGGGAGGCCGUGGAAAUAGAGGUGGUGGUGGUCGUCAUGGACUUCCAGGUUACCGUGRUGGUCCCAUGUUUAACCGUGUUGGUGGCCGGAGUGGAGGUCGGGACUCAGGGGGAGGUCGUGGUAAAGGAAGAAGUAAUGCCCCUAGGAAGUGUACAUACUGUGGAUUAGAGGGGCACACGGUUAAUUUCUACUAUGAUUUACAUGGUCCACCCAACACUUGGGCUAACCAUGCUGUGACUAAGGGUAGUGCUACAGCUACUGAAAGUCAGCAAACUGACCUGAUCCCCUCCACAUCUACUAGUAAAGGAAGAAGUAAUGCCCCUAGGAAGUGUACAUACUGUGGAUUAGAGGGGCACAUGAUUAAUUUCUACUAUGAUUUACAUGGUCCACCCAACACUUGGGCUAACCAUGCUGUGACUAAGGGUAGUGGUACAGCUACUAAAAGUCAGCAAACUGACCCGAUCCCCUCCACAUCUACUGGUGUUUCUAGGAAGGAGAUGGUGAGUGUACCCCAUGCAGUAUAUGAGCAGUUCCUUCAAACAUCUUCUCAGCAGAACACAGCUACCCUUGCCCAUUCAGGAUCUCAAGACGGGGAUGAAGAUUGGUGGAGRGCAUGAGGCAGGUGGAUUGUAUUACCUUGAUGGUGGUGGCCCUCCAGUAGCUUUUCAGUCAUCUCUUACUCCUCUUCAAUGGCCCUACAGACUUAGUCAUCCUUCUCUCAAGGCUCUGAAGUUGCUGGUUCCUUCCUUGAGUCAUCUUUCAUCUUUGGAUUGUGAGUCAUGUCAGCUUGGGAAACAUCAUAGAGUCUCUUUUAGUCCAAGAAUUAAUAGUCGUGUCUUAAGUCCUUCUUCUUUAGUUCAUUCUGAUGUCUGGGGUCCGAUCAAAGUGAUGUCAUACAAUGGCU